AUGGAGGAAGAUCUUAGAUAUGAUGUCCAGACAAGAAACGUCCCCCAAAGGAGACGCUGGUACACCCGUCUGUGGCAUUCAUGUUUGGGCUGUACAUGCAUAAAUCGUCAGAGAAGGCGCAAAUUUACCCUCUUUUAUAUCGGGUAUGACCCUACGGGUCCUUUGCAGCGAGCAGCCAGUGUGGGUGACCUGGACAAAACUGAACGAUUGAUUCACUCCAGUCAACAUCAUGUGGAUGAAUCUGAUAGGAGGAACAGGACAUCACUGCAUUAUGCAUGUGCCCACAACCAUCCAGACGUGGUAUUACUAUUAUUAGAAAAUAACUCCAGCGUUAACAUCCGGGAUGAUGAAGGCUGCACACCCUUGAUUAAGGCUGCCCAGCAAGGCAAUAUACAUUGUGUUUCUGUAUUGCUCGACUACAAUGCUGAUCCAAAUGUGAUGGAUAUUAUUGGGAAUACAGCCUUCCACCAUGCUGUAUCCAGGGGUAACCUACCCAUCGUAAAAAUGCUUCUAAAGCACAAUGUAGAUAUUGAAGCCAAAACAAAGUAUGGCUUGACCCCCUUACAGCUUGCUACAUUUGAACAGAAACCUGAAAUGGUAGAAUUUUUAGAAGCAAUGUGUGCUACCGCACAUGCACCGACACCAGCCCAGGAAACCGGAGUGAAGCAUGUCAGCUUCAAUGAAAAAGUCUUUUGUUUUGAAGAUGAAAGACCUUUGUCCUGUGGAGUAAGACCGCGAGGACAGCUGAAAUCCAUCUUGAAAAACUCUUCCCAGGAUAAUAUAGGUAAGAAUAUUGGUUAUGGCCUAGGUAGCACAAGGUUGUCAGUGGUAGAUUUCAAUGGUUAUGACUACUUGUGGUACCGGUUCUGUGUUAUCUGCUUCCUGGUCUACCAGCAUGUUGAAGGAUAUAAACCAGAAAAUUGCCAUCAAAUACAUCAAGAGCAUAGAAUUUCUGUGCCCGAGGCUCCUGUUGCUGUUGAACCAACGCCUACCACCAGUGCUGCUGAUAUUGGGGCAACUAUGGAUAUUGAGCUAACACCUUCCACCAGUGCUGCUGUCAUUGGGGCAACAGUUGGCAUUGAGUCAACUCCUUCCCCCAGUGCUACUGACAGCGAGUUUUCUGGCAGGAGGAGAUUUUCUGUCACUCCCAGAGAAAACCUUGAGUUUCUUGAAUGGCUAGACAGAGGAAUCAUGCAGUUGAACAUGGAAAUUGAGGCAACUUCUUCCCAAAGUAAUGCUGACAGGGAUGUUCCUGCUGAUACUGAGCCAAUUCCUCCUACCAGUGCUGCCAGCAGCAGAGCUCCUGCUGACAUUGAAAUAACUCCUUCCCAAUGUGCUGCUGACAGUGGGGCUAUUGCUGAAGUUGAAGCAACUUUUGCUCCAGGUCCUACUGACAUUGCUGAGUCAGAUGAGACACAUGACUCAGAAACAGCUAGUGACAUUGAGUUAGAUUCCAUAAGUGAUUUAGCCGUUUACAUGGAGCAUGCAAGGGACACGCCCUGGGCUGACCCAGAGCCUACUCCUGGUCCCCACACUUGUUAUUCCAUAGACUCCACUGAAAGAGCUGACCUGAACAAUUUGACCUUGCUCAAAGCACAAGACAAGUAUGAUAGCUUUUCUUUAGAUGAGGAACCUAUUCCUGUUUCUGACCUAGAUGAACAUCUGGCCCCUACUCAGGAUGCUAACGUUUUUUAUGAUAAUUUACUGUCAGUUGACCACACUGGCCAUAGCAAGACCACUGUCAGGGAGCCUGGGUAUCUCCCGGAGCAAGAGAACCUACUGAUGAUGUUAAUGCCCUUCCUGUGGCUCCUGGCAUACCUCUUAUCAAUAAUUGCAGGGAUAAGUAAUCUCUUUCAACAAGUGUGGCAUGAAGAAAAUGGCCAAGGACCUCCCACUAACAGAAAAGAAGGGUCAGUUGCUGCUGCAGCUGAUCAUCUGACCCUUGAAACAGGGGAUACAACACACUAA